AUGGGCCUGACUAUCCGUGGAAUGGAAGUUUCAGGACUUAAAGAACCAAUCAAGAUCACAAUCAGUACAGAUACCAGUCCUAAGGAAUGUGACCGAACAGAAUAUAACCAGACUCACAUCACCUGCUUCUCUAAACAUCUCACAUACUUUGGUGUGCUUCUGGUGUCUGCAGACCUCUCGCCUAAAGACCAGGAGAUUAUAUCCUACAUUACCUUUAUUGGCUGUGGGAUCUCACUUUUUGCUCUGGUCAUCACAGUUUUGCUCUUCAUCGCAAACAGAAAUCUCAGAGGAGAUGAUUCCAAGAAGAUCCACAUCAACCUCACAGUCGCUCUGAUCCUACUCAACAUACACUUCCUCUCCAGCCAGGCAGUGGCAGCAACGUCCUCCACUGAGCUUUGUCUUUAUGUAGCUUUUCUUCUUCACUACUCCCUGUUGGCCUCUUUCACCUGGAUGGUCUUGGAGGGUUUCCACCUCUGUCUUCUGCUGGUCAAAGUCUUUAACAUUUAUAUAAGGAGAUACCUGCUGAAACUCAGUGUGGUGGGAUGGGGUCUUCCAGCAGUCAUUGUUUCACUGGUAGUGAUCAUUGACAGAAACAUUUACGGUCGUGCCCCUCUGAUCCCAUCUAGACCCAAUGAGACUACAAUAUGCUAUAUAACUGAUAAUACAGUGAAGAUGGUGACCACAGUGGGACUUUUCAGCAUGGUGUUCCUCUUUAAUGUGAGCAUGUUUGGAGUGACAGUCAAAUGGUUUGUGGGUUCCCACUUUGGCAAACAGCAUAGACACAGAGAUUGGAAGGCUGUCCAGAGAGAAAUUAUAACCCUGCUGGUGCUCAUAGUUCUUCUGGGCCUCCCCUGGGGGCUGAUCUUCUUUGCAUUGGGCCCGUUGCCCGCUCCUGGCCUUUACGCCUUCUGCAUUCUGAACUGUCUGCAAGGUUUCUUCAUCUUCAUUUACUUUGUGUUGUAUCUGAAGAAGUCCAAAGACUCAGCUGCUGCACCUAGCACUGCAACGCAGAAUGCUAGCAUCAAAACCUAAUAUCAAACAGCACCUCAGUCAGAAGAAUAUGCUUCCCCUUCUUUCGGCUUUUCCCCAUUCAGAGGUUGUCAGAGCAAGUCAUCUUAUCAGACAGAUAUACAGUGGCGAGAAAAAGGUGAUUGUCAAAAGUAAAUGUUUUAGAUCAUCAAACUAAUGUUAAUAUUAUGCAAUUAAAACACAGGCAAACAUAAAAUGCAGUGUUCUAUGAAAGUGUUUAUUAUAAAAGAGGAAAAAAUUUUGGAAGCUCUGUGUUCCAUUAAAUCUGAUGUAAAAGUAACACAGCAUUCAGGAAAGGAACAUCAUAUCAUCAGUAACAUGGUGGUGGUAGAGUGAUAGUCUGUGGCCUUAUGACCUGGAAGACCCUGUGGGAAAUGGAUCCAUAAAUUCUUCUGUAUAUGAAAACAUACCUUCAGGUCUGAACUAUAGAGUGCUAUUUGCAAACAAUGAGCCGCCAUAGCGACAGUUUCUUUCCCUAAGCUCUCUCUCUGGCCGCGCUCACAUAGCAUGCAUAUGCAACCCAAAUCAGAUUUUUUUGCUCAUAUGAGACCCAUAUUUGACUUUUCCAUGGGAGUCUGAAUGUCCCAAUUCCAUAUUUUCAGAAUUAUGCUACUUCCAUAUAUAGUACUAAAUCGGUUAUGUAUCAGAUGUGUCUGCAGUCUGAAUGGUCAUGUCGCAUUCCAUGUGACUUUUAUGUCAUCGUCCUGGCUCUGACUUCGCAUCCACUUCUCUACAGAAGCAGCAGCUACUGUUCCACAAAAGGCAAUUGUUAAUAGUUGUGCUCUCUUUUUUCUUACCUUCUUUGUCAUGUUAUAAUGUGGUCAAAAUAUUGUUGUCUCCCGUUGCCCAACAACUUAAAAAAUGAUACACAGACACAGGCAUUCAUUUUUACUUCCGUAAACAUUGUGCUGCUGGGUGACGCCAAUAUUCUCCGUCUGCGCAUGUCGUAAUCUAUUAAGACUGAAAUCUGAUGGAGGUUACUUAAUUAGUAGUUUGAAUGACCACACAAAAAAAAAACUGAUUUCAGCACAAAAUCUGAAUUUUUGAGACCCUUACAGCCUGAGUAGUCAGCUACUCUGCUGCGAAACAAAUUUACGCUAAUACAACAUGCCUUUUUUUUCUUUUGCUUUAUAAAUAUUUAUAUAUAAAAAUGGCUGUACAUGCACCUGCCCUUCCUUUCAUCCUUUUUAUUUCUUCUAAAGUUUAUAGAUUGCAGGUAUUUAUACUUUAUAUCUGUACUCUGUAAGUGUGUGAGAUCAAAGUCUACUUCCUUUUUUCUUACAUGCAAUCUUGGCCAAUUAAGCUGAUUCUGAUUCUGAUUGCCACCGUUGCUCCUGACGUUGGAACAACCAGUUAGGUGGAGGGGGCAAACAUUUUUCGCACAGGACCAUGUAGGUUUGGAUUUUUCCCCUUCAAAGAACCACCUUCAUUUAAACACUAUAUUUUCAUUUUACUUGUGUUAUAUUCAAAAAUAUAGACAUAUUUUGAUUUGUUUGAUGACUUGAAACAUUUACAUGUGACAAAGACAAAAAAAAAAAAAAAACAAGAAAUCAUGGAGGGGGUAAACACUUUUUCUCACCACUGCAAUUAUCAAUCCUUGGGGGUUGAUUUUUUACAAGAUUUACAUCCUUUAAACUUUUUAUACAGUCAGGUUUUAGGCUAUAAAAGUGGAUAUGGGGGCAUUGGGCAUAACCAUGUAAUUUCAAU